AGCAAUGCUUGGCUCAGGAAAUCACCCCAAUGCCAAGUGCGCCCUCCAUAUGCCGUUGCUGCCAUAUUGCAGCAUUUCUCGGUACCGUUCGCAAUGACAAUGGAGGCCCUUGUGGAGUUGAACCAUGAUGAAGAGUUUGAAUGCGAGGAAGAACUGCCUGGAGUGCGGCUUUUGCAGUCAAGUCUAAAAUUGCACAGGUCAACGCCAGUGAACACGUUGCAGGAGCUUGCACUUGCUUUUGGAGGCUCUCCACAGACGCAGCAUUCAGCUCCUCUAAUGUUUCUCGUUGCCGUCAUGAUUUGCCUUAUUCUGGCUUGCGCGUUGCGGCAAUGUUGUCGCCGACCCAGCACCAGCGGACCCAGUGGUGCAAAGCCCAGCAUUGCCCUUGGCAUAUAUGCAAUACUCUUCACGCAAACGCUGAAUGCGUUGGCUACAAUGGUGGUUUUGCCCACGCUGCCUUUUUUUGCAAUGAAGCUUGGCGCUUCAGCACUGGAAGUGUCCCUGAUGAAUUCGGCGUACAACCUGGCACAAAUGUUUUGCUCGCCGCUCAUGGGCACAUUAUCCGAUCGAGCAGGCCGGAAGCGCGUCAUGCUUCUGGGAAUAUUUGCGCAAGUCUUGUGCAAUGGCUUCAUGAGCCGCGCGCAUUCAAUGACGCAACUGAUGCUUGCACGGAUGGCGGUCGGAAUGGCUUUAAGUACUGGGCCUGUGGAGAUGGCGUACAUCAUGGAUUUCUUGCACUCCGAGGAAGAUUUGAGUCGUGUUCUGGCAUUGCAGCGAGUCAUGACAAGUGCUGGAGCACUUGCUGGGCCACUUGUGGCCCGCAGCUUCGACAAGCUGUCAUUCCAUUCCUUAUGCCGUGGAGUGAUGGCGAUUAAUCUCUUUAAUCUCAUUGUGGGUUUUUUUCUCUGGGAGGAUGCAAAGAAUGACAAAGCUAAGACACUUGCAGAUCUUGACGAGGGUGAAACUGCUGAUGCUGACAAAGGUUUGGCUGAUCCCUUGCGGACAAUGUUUGCAAAUCAAGCUGCUUGUGGACUUCUGUUGGUAUCCUUUGUGUACGCACUCGGCUUUGCAAUCGGUGAUGGACCAGAGAUGGUUUUCUUCAAAGAGCGCUUCAGCUUUGGCAAAGACCAAGCCUGCAUCUUUUACUUGCUCACUAACGUAUCCACGUUGGUGUGCUCUGCCUGGGUACCAGCAUUUCUGAAGAACUUCGGGGCCUUAACGCUGUGCAUUGCCGGAUGCUUGGGUGGUGCUCUCUGUACACUCCUGCUGGUACUUGGACCUGUUGCGAACUGGGUGCCGCAUCUCUUUGGGAUGACCAUGGUUGGUUUGUUCGGCACCAUGAUCGGGAUGGGGUUCAUGCACCUGGUGCGCGACUACUGCCCCGAGGAGCUCAUGGGAACCAUGCUUGGCAUCCAAAGUUCCUUGAAUGGGGCAGCUGGAGCGCUUGCACCUCCAGUGGGAGGGUUUUUGUAUCGCGUGAACAUUUUUUUGCCGUUCCUGUGCACGUCUGCGAGUUGCGCAUUUACAGGCCUACUCUACGAGACGAUGCUACCCAAGGAGAAGGUUCCAGUCAAGGAGGUCGAAGAGCCAGUGCCCGUGGUACACAGGAAGCCAUCAAAGCUCAGGAGGAUAUCAACCUUUGGAAGGCCAAUCUACAACGACAAAAGCUUUGUUGUCCAGGUGCAUACCAAUGAACUCAGCGUGGAGAUCGAUCCGCAGAGCAGGUACCUUUAUCAACGUAUGCGGGAGCGUCUGCGAGAAGCAAAUAUACGAGGUGGUAUGAAGCCAGUGGCCACUGUGCAUGGUGCUCUCGCGGCCUCCAUCGAGCAAGAAGAUGAGCGCAAAACAAUGGACAUGCACCGCAUGAACUCGGCGAGAAGCUCUUUGCACAAGCAAGGAACCAUGUAAUCUCACACAACUUUGUUCUAGCAGAGGAAUUCAGAGCAUCUUGUGCGAUAACAGCAAACC